GAAGAAGCAGAGGCUGCGGCGGGAGGAGACCCCUGGCCCUCCUCCUGCUUCCCCCUCCCCAGAGCCUUAAAGACUUCCAGCCGUGGCGGGUGAGGGGGGGUGCUUCUUUUUUGCCCAUAGGAAUGCAUUAAUUAAAUUUCAAUGCAUUCCUAUGGGAAACCGCGCUUCACAAGAAGAAAUUUUCGCAAUACGAAAUGACUCGUAGAAUGAAUUAAUUUCAUCUUGCGAGGUACCACUGUAUAAGAGCUUGCACACCAAUGUUCUGGGUUUCUCUCCUCCCUUCCCUGCGUGGGGUGAGCGAGGGCCCCUGUUGCAACAAGUUUAAUAAAGAUCAUGCUUACUAGCUGCUUUGCUUCUCAAUAUUCUCUGGUUGGCCUCUGCUAUUUUCUCCUACCGAUAGAGAACAUACAUAAGGACUCUAUACGGGCUCUUGGGUACCCCAUAAGGGAAAAAGGAGCAGUUUUUUCCCCCUUAUAACACUAUGAAAGGUGCAAAAAUGCUGCUGCAGUGUGGCAGCACUGACCCUCCCUGCCCAUUCAUAUUUGGAAGGUGCCUUCACAGUACUGUGUUUGGUGCCUGCUAAAAUAUAUUAUUUUACCAGUAAGCCUACACAGGCACGUAACUUUUAACAUGUAAACUUAUUAUGUGGUGUAGUUGGUUCCUGGGACCUGGGAGACCAGGCUUCAAAUACCCACUUGGCCAUGAAGCUCACUGGGUGACCUUGAGCCAGCCGCUGCCUCUCUCAACCUAACCUACCUGGCAAGGUUGUUGUGGGGAUUAAAUGAAGGGGAGAGAGUAUACCACUUUGAGAUCUGUGGAGAAAGAGGUGGCUUAUAAAUGCAACAAACAAGUACCGCAUAAUUGGCUUUAUUUCAAUUGCCAAUUUCAUUACUUGAGGGCUGCACCAGCUCAUGGAAGGCAGAGCAUCCCAUAAGCGGGGAGGAGGCUGCCAAAGAACACAUCCACUCUGGCCGAGGCAGGCUUUGCAAUGACAUCAAGAGUGAUUAGCUCUCAGAGGCCUUUCUCGUCCCCUGACCUCUCACUCUUUGAACUGGGAAUUAAACCAGGGAUUUCCCUCUUUAAAAGCAGGUGAUUCGCUAACUGCGCUCCCUGUUAUCUCCCCGGCCUCUAUGACAAGUAGAAACUCGGCAGUACAACCCUAGUCUGUCUGUGGUGUGUGUGUGAGAGAGAAAGAGAGCUGUACCAGUUGAACUUCCACCAUUCCUCACGGCGCUUAGUAGCCUAGGUAGAGAGACCAGCGUGUCAAAAUCUCAAAGGUGAGCCGCCACGCCUAUGAUAGGCGUGCAGCAGCAGCAGCAGCCAGGAGUUCGGCAGGUGCAGCCCCGACCCGCUUUGCAGCUGGCCGCCCAGCUGCUGGCGUUUAGGCGAGGGCUCAGAGCCCCCAACAAGGAAUCAUCAGCGUCACGUGUGAACGCGUCCCAAGAAGCCUCUCUCCUUGAACUUAGGGCUUGACCUCCGCCGAGCGCUUAGGGCCGCCUUGCAAAGCAAUGGCCGGGGGCAAGAAGAGCUUGCAAAGAGCCGCAGGGCAGCGGUACAAAGGUUGCUUUGUGCUUCCUGGGUCUGCCAUGGGGCACUCUCCCCACCCUCUCCGCCGCCGCCGUUUCGAUUGCGCACGAGUGGGACUCAGGAGCAAAGGAUCUCCAGUCCUCAGAUCUAAUCAACCAGCCAGCCAGAACCCCUUUCCAGCACCUGGGGGAUCCAGAUCCCCCGGAGAGCAGCUGCCAAGUCUUUCCUCUCACACGCGCGGCGCCGGCUCGUAUUUAACAGAUGGCGAGUUGAUCGCGGGCCCCAGUGCAGGUCGAGCGGCAGAUGGUGGCCGGCUCUCUUCGCUGCUCUCCUGCGCCCUCUGCCGCUAGGACUGGGCUGCAGUCCAAAGCACUCCGAAUCACACAAAAGGCAGGAUUCCCUCCGAAGAGUCUCGUGCAUCCGAAUUCUUGGUGGUCUCUUUAAAAAUAACAAUUUUUUUUAAAAAAAAAUAAUAAUCGAAGUUUUUAAUUUUACAUCAUGACGACUAAUCUCACCGCCGAAAAUCACCGUUUGAUGCUGAGUGAUGGGAACAGCAUCCCUGUGAUUGGACUUGGGACAUACGCCGACCCUAAAAAGACCCCCAAAGGCGUUUGUGCCGAAUCUGUGAAAACCGCCAUUGAUGCAGGUUACCGCCACAUCGAUGGUGCUUUUGUGUAUUACAACGAACAUGAAGUGGGACAGGCCAUCCGGGAGAAGAUCUCUGAAGGAAAGGUCAAGCGUGAAGACAUAUUUUAUUGUGGCAAGCUGUGGAACACAUGCCACCCACCAGAGCUGGUGCGUCCAACUCUGGAGAAGACAUUGAAGAUCUUGCAGCUUGACUACGUUGAUCUCUACAUUAUUGAGCUGCCGAUGGCUUUUAAGCCUGGAGAGCGCAUCUACCCAAAGGAUGAAAAUGGGAAAUGGAUGUACCAUGAGACAGACCUAUGUGCCACUUGGGAGGCUUUGGAAGCGUGUAAAGACGCAGGGCUAAUGAAGUCCAUUGGGGUGUCCAACUUCAACCGUAGGCAGCUGGAGAUGAUCCUCAACAAACCGGGACUCAAGCACAAGCCUGUCAGCAACCAGAUUGAAUGCCACCCAUAUUUCACCCAGCCCAAACUUUUAGAAUUUUGCAAACAGCAUGACAUUGUCCUUGUCGGAUACAGUCCUCUAGGAACAUCAAGAGAUGAAAGCUGGGUGAAUGUGUCUUCCCCUCCGCUGCUGGAGGACCCUGUGUUAAAUGCCAUUGGAGAAAAAUACAACAAGACAGCGGCCCAAGUGGCGCUCCGCUUCAACGUCCAGCGAGGGGUGGUGGUCAUCCCUAAGAGCUUCACCGCAGAGCGCAUUAGAGAGAACUUCCAGAUCUUUGAUUUUUCCCUUACUGACAAAGAAAUGAAAGACAUUGAAGCUCUGAACAAAAAUAUCCGCUACGUGGAGAUGUUAAUGUGGCAGGACCAUCCAGAGUAUCCUUUUCACGAUGAAUACUGAAAAUGGUGCAUCCACUACCGUGUGCUUGGUUUUAGUGAUCUUUGUUCCUUGUUAUCUUUUAGCUUUGAAUUUAGUAACAGCACCAUUGUAAUCUUUCUGCAAGUCUCGCGAUUUCUCCUCUGCCAACCCUCCACAAUUUGUCCAAGACAAAUGUGGACAAUCAGGCCCACUCAGAAGAGUAGUUUCAAGUCAGUGUUCAACUGCCACUAUUAUUGUGAUGGAGCAGAGCCAAGGUGUUGUGGUUUUUGUUUUGUAUAAGACGGAGGAUCUCUCUUUGACUUGCUGUCUCAAAUUUUUGUCUUGUGUAACAAACAUUAAAGAACAUUUUUGAUUAAAUCUCUGAUGAACUUGAACAGUUGGAUGCAAGGUCAGGAAACAUAGUACAAGGGUGGCAACCAUUCAAAGCAAAACUAAAUGUGAAAUUUGGAGUAGCUUACUUUUUUAAAAAAUGUAAUCAUCUUCUAGAACAGAA